CGUCCUUCAGGCACCGCUCCGCCCGGCGGACAGCCAGCAAGGGGGCGGAGUUAACCAACUUCCACACUGACUGGAGAGAGCCACGGAUAGAUAUGCGUUCAGCCGGACCAGUUGACCCUUUGUGAGGGUUAAAGUGCUUUCUUUUUCUAAUCUUUUGAUAGCGUUUAUAGCUCUUUGGCGCAGCGUCAAAAUGAUGCGCUUCCUGCUCCUCUUCAGUCGCCAGGGGAAGCUGCGUCUGCAGAAGUGGUUCACGCCCAUGUCAGAACGUGAGAAGAAGAAGAUCACUAGGGACAUGACCACCAUGGUGUUGGCACGGCAACCACGCUCCUGUAACUUCCUGCACUGGAAAGACCUGAAGAUUAUUUACAAGAGGUACGCGAGCUUGUAUUUCUGCUUGGGCAUAGACAACGGGGAGAAUGAGCUGAUAGCCCUGGAGGUUAUACAUCGCUACGUGGAGCUGCUGGACAAAUACUUUGGCAAUGUGUGUGAGCUGGACAUAAUCUUUAACUUUGAGAAGGCCUAUUUUAUCCUGGAUGAGUUUCUAAUGGGAGGCGAAAUACAGGAAACCUCCAAACAAAUGGUGAACCGCUCCAUCGAAGCCUCGGACAUGUUACAGGAGGAUGACAGCAGUGAGUGGUAUGAGGUCGAGCUGUUUGGAUGACCUUGAAUAUGGACAGAAAGACCAUGGAGGAGUAUAUGAGCAAACCUGCAUUUUAACCCGUGGGGAGAAAGAAGGGACACAAAAAAACGACGGGGAGGAAUACAGGAACCAAAACGCACUGUAUACGAGUCAAAGAAGUUUCUGAGUAUGGAUAUGUAAUAUCACUUUGAUCCUACUGAACAUUUUCAAAAGGUAAAAAACAGGCGUAUUGAACGUCUUCUGCCUGAAGCUUUGCUGUGAUGUAACUGCAUAUUGAGAGUAAGUCUAAUAUUUUUCAGUCGUGUGCUCAAUUGAAGGAAGGGGAGUUUUUGUUUUCACACUGAUUGACAUUAUUGAAAUGUAAAUGAAGUAGCGGUAGGAUCCGGGGUGUAAAAAAAAAUAUUUUGGGCUUAUGAAUUUGUUGAGUUUAUAUAGAAAUAAUGUAUUAAUAUAUUGGAAGUGAAUGUUUUUAUUCCAUAAACACUACCAAUUAAUUUUGGAAAACUUGUGCUAAUAUGCAACUCUCGUUAAUAUCUGAAAAAAAAAAAUCAAAAACAACAGAUUGAGACAGAUUAUGAUGAAUUUCUUACUGUUUUUAAGCUGUAUAGCCUAUUUCACAUGUGUGGGACCAAUAGUCUUUAAAGGAGCUAGUGCGGGUGUGAAUAUCACUAUUUUUUAUCAUGUGCAAUUUAUGAUUAAAAUGUGUAUUUUGAUAAACA